UCAUAUAUGCUUCUUUGAAAUGCGAGCGCCAGUAGAUUUCUUGAAAUCGUGAAUCCCCCUACUUGACUUGGGUUAACAUUUCUCGAUUGUGUUGUGUGUCAAGCCCCUCGCCAUUCUCUGGGUUGAUACGUAGCUACCCCGAAAGGUCUGUGCAUACAUUGCACACAUUAUCGAGUCCAUCUGACCGAGGAGGUCCGAAAAUAGAGAUUCCACAAUGACAGCUUCAAAGGAAGGAGAUGAGGACUUUGUGCAAUUAAGUCCUGAAUCAAGGAACUACAAAGGAAUAGCCAUCUCCCUGCUGGUCAUAGUGGCGGUUUGCUCCCUCAUCACAAUGUCUGUCUUUGUUCUCACACCAGUGGAACUUCCUGGUGCCGCUAACUCCAGACUUACUGUGCUGGACCUGUUUAAGCCAGAGUUCUCGGUGCACGAUCCUGAGGCCAGGUGGAUAAGUGAUUCAGAGGUUUUGUACAGGAACCGAGACGGCCACGUCAUCAAGUUCAACUUUGCUUUAAACGAAACAGAAAUGAUCCUGAGAAAUAGCACGUUUGUGUCUUUCAAAGUUGCCAAAUAUUCUCUCUCUCCAGACAUGAAAUAUGUGCUAUUUGCUUACGAAGUGAAACAGGUGUAUAGACAUUCCUAUACUGCAGCGUACAUUGUUUACAACAUCCACACAAGAGAGGUGUGGGAGUUGAAUCCUCCGGAGGUCCAGAAUGCAGUGCUCCAGCAUGCAGCGUGGGGUGUGAAGGGACAGCAGCUGAUCUACAUCUUUGAAAACAACAUCUAUUACCAAUCAGAUGUGCAGAGCAAUUCUCUUAGGAUUACUUCGUCGGGAGAGGAAGGAGUCAUAUUUAAUGGAAUCGCUGACUGGCUGUAUGAAGAGGAGAUUCUGCAGUCACACAUAGCACACUGGUUGUCACCUGACGGAGAGAGACUGGCCUUCCUCAUGAUCAACGAUACCCUGGUACCUACCAUGUUCCUGCCCCGGUUCACUGGCAGCCCCUACCCCAGGUCACAGGAGUACCCAUACCCCAAGGCUGGCCAGCCCAACCCUACAGUCAGGCUGUUGGUGGUGAACCUGUACGGUCCCACACACACUCAGGAGCUGGUACCACCUGAUGGCCUGAGAGGAAGAGAACACUAUGUGAGUAUGGUGAAGUGGAUCAGCAACACCCAUGCAGCGGUUCGAUGGCUCAACCGGCCCCAGAACGUGUCCUUCCUCACCGUGUGUGACGCCACCGUCGGAUCCUGUGUACAGAAACAUGAGGAAGCUUCAGAUCUCUGGCUCACCAGACAGAACCAGAAGCCAGUGUUUUCAAAGGACAGGAGCAGGUUUUUCCUGACCAUACCGGUGAAGCAGGGGGGACAAGGAGACUUCCAUCAUAUUGCCAUGUUCACCAAAUCGUUCAGAAGUGAUCAAAAUGAUGUCCGUCACUUGACGUCAGGCAACUGGGAGGUGACCAAGAUAUUAGCUUAUGAUGAGGGGGAGCAAACCAUAUAUUUUAUCAGUACUCAAGACUCCCCACAAAAGAGACACGUGUACAGUGCGUCUACUAUUGGUCUGUUCUCUCAACGAUGUUUGACCUGUGAGAUGAACCAGGAAGCAUGCGCGUUCUUUGAUGCAGACAUCAGCCCGAACAAACAGCAUGUUAUUCUACAGUGUAAAGGUCCCGGUGCUCCAUCUGUGAUGCUGCAGAGUUUUAAUGAUGUAAACACUUACUUUAUAUUGGACAACAACAUGCCUCUGAGAGCUGCCUUGGAAAUCAAAAAGAUCUCUAAGUCAGAUGUCAGGGUUAUUCCAAGUGAAGACUUUGAGCUGCCUUUGAAACUCACCUAUCCCCUUGACUUUUCUGAAUCUCUUCUCUACGGCCUUCUUUUGAUUGUUGAUGGUGGGCCUGGCAGUCAGUCGGUGAGUGAUGAGUAUGAGCUGGGUUGGGACUCGGUGCUGGUAAGUAGUGAUGAGGUGAUCGUGGCCAGGCUGGACGGCAGGGGGACAGGCUUCCGGGGCCUGAGAGUCCUGCAGCAGGUCCACCAGCGCCUGGGUACCGUGGAUGUUCAGGACCAGAUAGCUGCACUGGAUUACUUGAUGACACUCCCAUACAUUGACCGCGCGCGGAUCGGAAUCUACGGAAAGGGAUACGGUGCUUACCUCACCUUGAUGCUUCUGAGGUCCACUGCGCUGAUUAAGUGUGCAGCUGCUAAUUCCCCAGUGGUUGACUGGAAACUUUACGCUUCAGCAUUUUCAGAGCGAUACUUUGGCCUGACGUCAAAGAACGACAACAGAUAUCAAGUUUCUAGAGUGCUUCCAAAUAUGAAAGGGUUGCAAGGAAACAUGAUGAAAGGACCGCAAGGACCGGAUUUUCUGUUGAUUCAUGGAACCGCUGAUGCAAAUGUUCAUUUCCAACAUUCAGCAGAGUUGAUUAAGCACUUGAUCAAAAUUGGAGCGAACUACACAAUGCAGCUCUACCCAGACGAGGGCCACUUCCUGUCCCUGCAGAGCCAGAAGCACCUGUCUGAGUCCCUGGUUGGCUACUUCAGAACAUGUUUUCAGGACUUCAGCACACCGCUACCUGAGGAGAUAGGGAAAGAGGAUGAUGACUGACAGGGUUGGGGUUAGACGAUGACUGACAGGUUUAGGGAUAGAUGAUGACUGACAGGGCUAGGUUUAGAUGGUGACUGACAGGAGGACGUGCAGGCGGGCCGUGUGUGGAUCUGGGAUCGCUAUGUUGAAGCAGUACAAUGACUGCUCUGCCCUCGCGAGGGAUGUUUGCUGUUGAUUAGGUGUCCAAUGUAGGCAAGACAUACAGUUGAAGUUGGAAGUUGACAUACACUUAUGUUGGAGUCAUUAAAACUCGUUUUUCAACCACU